CAAAUUGUUGGCACCUAGCUUUUAUGUUGAUUGAUCCUCGAAUCCAUCCCUACCCGAAACUCAUUCAUCAAAUUCCUUUAUUUAUUCACUUCCAAAUCUCACUUCAUUUCUUCAUUACUACUCCUCUGCAGUUCAAUCUAGCUCCCUUUUGUUGUUUUGAUCAGUGAAGAUGACUGUAAUUUUCGUUAUCGGAAUUUUGUCGAUUAUAAUCUCGUCUGCUGAAGGGUAUAGUGGAGGGGGCUGGAUAAAUGCUCAUGCUACCUUUUAUGGAGGUGGUGAUGCUUCCGGGACAAUGGGUGGGGCAUGUGGUUAUGGGAACCUGAUGAGCCAGGGAUAUGGGACAGAUACAACUGCACUGAGCACAGCCUUGUUUAACAAUGGCUUAAGCUGUGGAGCAUGCUUUCAAAUCACUUGUGUGAAUGAUCCACAGUGGUGCCUCCGUGGAACAAUCACCGUCACCGCCACAAACUUCUGCCCACCAGGCGGCUGGUGUGAUCCACCAAACCACCACUUUGAUCUCUCUGAGCCUGUCUUUCUUCGCAUUGCUCAAUACAGAGCUGGAAUUGUCCCUGUUGUUUACAGAAGGGUACCCUGCAUGAGAAGUGGAGGAAUUAGGUUCACCAUAAACGGUCACUCCUACUUCAACCUGGUCCUCAUAACAAAUGUUGGAGGAGCCGGAGACGUAAAUUCAGUGGCUAUAAAGGGUUCCAACUCUCAAUGGCAACAAAUGUCAAGGAAUUGGGGACAGAACUGGCAGAGCAACAGCUACCUCAAUGGGCAGAGCCUCUCUUUUAGGGUCACCACAAGUGAUGGCAGCACCGUAGUGUCCUAUAAUGUCGCACCUUCAGGCUGGUCUUUUGGACAGACCUAUACUGGUGCCCAAUUCCGGUAGGAACCUACUGAUGCAUGCCACUCUGCAAACCUUUAUUACACAUAUCAUACUUAUAUGGUGAGUUCAGUUAUAUAACUACUUUCUUCAAGUUGACUGGAUAUAUCGGGUCCUCCUAUAUAGUGACCCUGUGAAACAUAUCUUUCUGAGUUGUCGAGACUUGAGAGAGGCACAGUGAGGAUAUACAUGUUGAAAGGAAGCAUCCUAUUUAGUCGCGACAGUACGUGUAUGAUGACAAUAGUAGAAUGUCGUCAUAGAAAGUGGUGGUUCUUGUAUAAGGUAAUUUUCAAUCAGAUCAAGCUUAUAUGGUUUCUUGUAUCUAUGUAAUUCUGCAGCUUUCUUUGUGGAAUGAAAAGAUCUAAUGUAAAUGUCUGGUCUUGUUAUUUACAAUGAAGUCGAAUUUCAGGACUUGUGAAAUUAAA